GGGAGGACGGUUGUUUCCGGAUCCGUGUACACAACUUGUAGAAGCUCAGGAAUGGCGCCUGUAUCUCGGUCUCGGAGCCCCGGCUCCCCCCGGAGGAGGCGACAUGACAGCGGGUCUCCGGACAGGAAGUCGGUGAGGUCUCGCUCCAGAGACCGAGGAGUCAGCAUUGGGCACCGGCGCAGUAACUCCAGAGAUAGACCUCAGUUCAGCAGGCCGCAUUCCAGCAAACAGUGGGGGGAGUAUUAUGAGAAGGGGAAGGAGGAGGUCCUCAGACAGAGGCAGGAGGCCUUUAUAGCCCGACGUUUAAAUGAAAGGGAGCGGAUUGGGGAGUUGGGAGCUCCAGAAGUUUGGGGUCUUUCACCCAAAGUCCCAGAACUUGACUCAGAUGAACACACACCUGUAGAAGAUGAAGAAAAGUCUAAAAAAUCCAACAGCUCUGAUUCUUCUUCAGAAGAGGAAAAGAAGAAAAAAAGGAAAAAGAAAAAGAAGAGAAAGUCAGGAAAAAAGAAAAGUAAAAAGCACUCCGAGGAAAGUGAGAGUGACUCUGAGUCUGAAAGCAGCGAUGGGAUGAAAAAAAAGAAAUCAAAGAAAAAGAAGAAAAAACAUCGAAAGAAGAAAUCAAAGGGAAAGAAAAGUAAGAAACAUAGGAAAGAGUCAAAGUCAAGUGACUCUAGCAGUGAAGAAUCCGAUGAUGAUGAUGAUGAUGAACAGAUGCAGGAAGAUAGCUGGGUAGAGCAAAGUAAGUCUAACCUGGAUGAUACUGAAAUAGUAGGACCUGAAGCUCCAAUAACACAUCUGUCACAAGACGAUAAGCCAUUAAACUAUGGUCAUGCUUUACUACCUGGUGAGGGUGCUGCAAUGGCGGAAUAUGUGAAAGCUGGAAAGCGCAUCCCCAGGAGAGGUGAAAUUGGCCUGACAAGUGAUGAAAUUGCCUCGUUUGAGAUUUCAGGCUAUGUAAUGAGUGGAAGCAGACAUCGCCGUAUGGAAGCUGUCCGUCUGCGUAAGGAGAACCAGAUUUACAGUGCAGAUGAGAAGAGGGCGCUGGCUUCUUUCAACCAAGAAGAGAGGCGGAAGAGGGAAAACAAAAUCCUGUCCAGCUUCAGAGAGAUGGUGUACAGAAAAACCAAAGGGAAAGAGGACAAAUGAGAAUUUUACUUUUCCUAGAAUCUCUUCACAACUGGGAAUCAUAUUUUAGUCAUUGCUGCAACACAGGUGGA